AUGGCCGGUCUAUUAGCACUGGGAAUAGGUGGUUUGGUAAUAUAUAUUGCCGUCAAAAGCAUCUAUCGGUUGUAUUUCCACCCUCUCAGCAAAAUUCCCGGGCCAAAACUUGCAGCUAUCACAAGCGGCUAUGAAUUUUAUUUCAAUGUGAUCAAGGGAGGAAUGUUCAUCUGGGAGAUGGAGCGGCUACAUGAGAUAUACGGACCCAUUAUACGCAUUACCCCUCUUGAGGUGCAUAUCAAGGACUCAAGCUAUUACGAUGAGAUAUAUGCCUCUAGCAAGCGCAGACGCGAAAAGGCCGCUGACUUGGUCGCUCGAUUCGAUCUCAAGGAUUCGGGGUUUUCUAGUGUCUCACCAGAAGACCACAGGAAGCGCCGUUCACAUGUUGAGAAACACUUUUCAAAGCAAGCAGUCUCCAACAUAGAGUAUUUAAUAUAUGAGAAUAUUGACAAACUCGACAAUCAUUUCAAACGCGCCUUUGAAUUCCAUAAAGUCAUUAGCCUCGAUGCAGGCUUUGCUGGGCUGACUUCCGAUGUCAUUCACAAAUAUGUCUAUGGUUUCAACAGUGGGAACCUUGACCACGAUGACUUCAACACGAGUGUGAGAGAUGGAAUCAAUGGACUUUUCAGAUACAGUCACGUCUUAUUCUUUUUCCCGGUUCUUCAAACUAUCAUGAACUCGCUUCCGUUGUGGUUGCUCGAAAAGCUUGACCCAUUCGUUCAUGCAUUAGUGAGCCAGAAGUUGGACCUUCUUCGUCGGACAGAGAAAUUCCUGCAAAGCAAGUCGUCAAGCGCGGAAAUUCGCUCCGUCAUGGAAGUUAUGUGUGGUCCCAGUAUGCCGGAGGACAUGCGCGGUGCUGUUCGUCUCAACAAUGAGGGAUUUGCUAUGAUCAUCGGUGGUACGGAGACAACUGCGCGAUCGCUGGUUAUUGCGGCAUUUCACCUCCUGGAAAAAGAGUCGAUCAAAACCAAGUUACGAGAGGAACUGCGGACGGUGAUGCCCACUUCUGAGUCUCGACCAACAUGGAGGCAGUUAGAGCAGUUGCCGUACCUGUCUGCAGUCGUGUCGGAGGCAUUACGUAUGUCUACUGGAAUUGCAAAUCGAUCGGCUCGUGUCGCGCCUAAUGAAGCUUUGGUCUACAAGAACCACACCAUUCCUGCCGGAACUCCAGUCAGUGAGACCAACUACUUCGUUCUCACGGACCCCGAAAUAUUCCCCGAUCCGCACACAUUUGACCCAGAACGAUGGCUACGUGCCGCUGCGAAAGGGGAGCAUUUGGAUAGAUAUAUGGUCAACUUUUCCAAAGGCAGUCGGAUAUGUGUGGGCAUGAACCUGGCCUACGCGGAGCUGUUUCUUGUACUGGCGGCUUUUAUUCGUCGUUUUGACAUGGAACUGUUUGAGACAAGCGAAAAGGAUAUCGCUUUUGCGCGCGAUUUUGGAACCCCAUACCCCGAUAAGGGAAAUGCCCGUGUGCGAGUUAUGGUCACGAAGGUGAUCGAGGAGUGA